AAAAGGUAAGUCGUCCGUCCGUCCUGCCCCGUGGACGGACUGCCCGCGACCGUCCAGAUAGUAUCACUGUCCGCGUCGCUAGCCUCAGACCCCAGUGUGAGGGAGCUGGUCCAAUACCCCGGGCCACUUGUCAAAGGUAAGUCGUCCGUCCGUCCUGCCCCGUGGACGGACUGCCCGCGACCGUCCAGAUAGUAUCACUGUCCGCGUCACUAGCCUCAGACCCCAGUGUGAGGGAGCUGGUCCAAUACCCCGGGCCACUUGUCAAAGGAGUUACCCAUAAGAAGAGCGUGAUAGAGUAUUGCGCGAGCCGCGUUCGAAACGCCGGAGGUCGCGGUGACGUCAUCGGUUACGUGUUGCUCUGGCAGCUGUUAGCUUUGUUACUCAAGCAAAAUGGGGUGGUGGUCGGUAUCGAUAUCGCCGAGCUUUUGAUGAAGAAUAAGCGAGAUUAUGAAUUCAAUACGAACGCGAAAACUACGCAGCAAGCCGACGGUCGAGGAUCGAGCGUUUCAGAGGAAGACGCCAUUGCAGCACCGGUGACAGAACAAACCUCACCCGAAGAGCCCAGUAUCGCGCGGCAGAGCGGCAUCGACGAUAAGGCCGCUUUGGACCAAUUGAGAGAAUAUCUGACUUAUGGAAACAGGCAGGAGGCUAUCGAAUGGGCGAUGUCCCACAACCUGUGGGGUCACGCGUUCCAGCUGUGCGCGCACGCUGACCGGCGCACGCGCGCCGCCGUAGCCGCGCGCUUCGUGGCCGGCGUGCCGCGCAACGAUCCACUCCACACGCUUUACCACACGCUGGCGGGACGCCAGCCUCCCGAGUCUGAGUGGAGUGACUGGCGUGCACACGCUGCCAUCAUACUAUCUAACACUUCGGCAAAACCAGAGAACGAAACAAGGACGCUUACGCAACUUGGUGACUCCCUCAUCUCCCGCGGUCUCCUCUACUCCGCCCAAUUCUGCUACGUCUCUGCCCGCGUCCCCUUCUCCCGCCACCCCCUCGCCCCCUUCGCCGCUCCCCCCUCCGUCCCGACCUCGCCGCCUCGCCUCGCUCUACUCCUCGCCGAUUCGAGGGCCGACUCGCUAAACCAACUCGCUAAGAAUGAGGCUAUAUUCGCUACGGAGAUAUACGAAUACGCGCUUUCGUUGAGUCAGGAUUAUUGUAUCGGUGAAUUGCAGGCAUAUAAAUUCCUUCUGGCGUGCCGUUUAGUGGACGCCGGAGAGUAUGAACGCGCAUUGGCGUACACGGAGGCACUGGCUCGGGCUGUGACGCGAUCGCCGCGGGACUAUCCGCAGCAGCUAGUCGCACAGCUGUACCAGUUGGCGGACAGGCUCAAAUAUCACGAUCCAGCACUAAACGAAGACCCACCCCUACUAGAAGAGGGUGAACAGAGUGAACCCUCCCCGCGCCACCAGCAAUGGCUCGAUGACGUCGCCGGGGUGGCACAAGUGUUAGAGGCGGAAGCGGAAACGUCGAAACAGGCGACGCCCGUGCACCAACCACCGCCGGUCGAAAUGUACGCGCCAACGCAGUACUCGUGGGAGCAGACCCAACAGGCGCAACCACCAGAAAUGUACAACACGGUAUCGCAACCGUUACAAUCGGCGUACCCGGAGCCCUAUCAACCCGAGCCCUAUGUACCCGAGGAGCCCUACUACCCGCCUCAGCAGUCCACAGAGUACGCGGAUCCGGAGUAUUGGCCGCAAGACCACUAUCAGUACGAGGCGACGGCGGACGCGGGCGCGGCAGCGGGGCCGGGAGCGGACGAAGCAGACGAGCCGAGGCCACAGAUCACGAUGCCCGGGGCGACCGCGAGCAGGCCAGCGUUGUACGCGGACUAUGAGGAUGACAGACCUCCUAGUGCUGAUACGGACCGUGAUACGGACGCUCCAAAGCCGGCCAAGAAGUCAGACGCCAAGAAACAGGAGCCACAGAAGAAAUCCGGCUGGCUCGGCGGGAUUUUCACCAAACUCACGCUGCGGCCGCCCAAUCAGAUGAUACUGCCUGACGACAAAAACCCCUCUAUCGUGUGGGACGCGGUGAACAAGCGCUGGCAGAACCUGGACGCCGACGGCGAUGAAACGGCGUCGGCGCCGCCGCCGCCGCCAAAAACCGCCGACAUUCCAGCCAUGCAUACGUCGUCAGCAUUACAAGCGCCGCCUGCGGCCGGCCUGCCGCCCACCGCGCCCGUUUCCAAUAUUUUCAAAAUGCAGAAGGGCAGACACAUAAAGAAAUCGUACGUGGACGUGUUCAACCCGAGCGGCGCGCCGACGCGACCCCUGCCGCCCGCCUCCGAGGUGCUCGGCCACGGGCCCGCGCUCGGCGCUCCACCGCAGUACAUGCUUCCACAACAGACCUUUGAUCCGUCUCAAUCGCAGCCCGGUGGCACCUACAACACUGGAUAUUGAAGCCCGACGAUCUCGCCGCACACGUCUCAUAGCCGACCAAUGACGAACACCGACGGAUUUUCACGUCAUGACGGGUUUUCACGUCAUGACGGAUAUACACGUCUCACAGCCGACCAAUGAAGACCGACGGGUUUUCACUUCAUGACGGAUAUACACGACUCACAGCCGAUCAAUGAACGCCGACGGGUUUUCACAUCAUGACGGAUAUACACGUCUCAGCCGACCAAUCAACGCCGACGGAUUUAUACGUCAACACGGAUAUACACGUCUCAUAGCCAACCAAUGUACACCAGUGAUGGAUUUAAACGUCAUUCGCCAAACAAGCAUGAGAGAGACGUAACUAAAUAUUACGGCAAUAUAUGUGACGUUUUCAACUAAAAGGUACCACAUUGUCGCUUGGUUGAUAAGGUUGAUUUCUAAUCGAAGCUAUAUGGAAAUAGCGCCUUACUGACAAGCGAUAAUAAGUACCCUUUUGGUUGAAAAUGGCACAUAUAUAAUAAAAUAAUAAUAAUAUACCAGCCUAUAUAACGCCCCACUGCUGGGCACAGGCCUCUCAUGCACGAGAUAAUAAACUAAGGAAUAUUCUUGAUACAAGGACAUUUAAAGUAUUAAAACUGAUGAUCUGUUAAAUACCAUUAUCGGUGCAAUCUGCGUUUGCGUUGUGUCAUUUUGUUUGGGAUUUUGAGUUUCCAAAAAGUCCCGUUUGGCGCGCUGUUUAAAAUCCCAUGGACAAAACGCGAAUUCACGUCACGAUAUCCAAUUAAAUUUCUAUGGGUUCUGGAAAAAAGGUAGGUCUAAAAUUAAGCGAUUUAUUAUUGUUUGUGUUCCUUAUACCCCGGCCACACACUCGCAGGAAAGUAGGCAGAGACAAGAGCCUACUUCCCUCGCUAAUUUCCAUGCCACUAGUCGAGUAUGUGGCCGAGGUAUAAAAAAAAAGUUAACACACUCACUGUACUUUUAUUACAUACAUUCAUUAUGGCAGCUGUAUAAUAAUAACUAUAGAGUUUGAGCCUUCAAAAAUAUUAUUUUAUUUUUAUAUUUUAUUUUAUUUAAUGAUGAUAAUUAUAUUAAAUGAUGUAAAUAAAAUUUAAUAAAAUUUCUGGUUCAGUAUUUUAAUUUGAAGCUAAUGGAACGAAAGACGAAUUAAUUAAAUACACAUAUAGGUUUAAAAAAAACCUUUACGAGGCCCAAUGUGCAUUAAAAUGUAUACUACGUUUCAAUCUAAUGAGCAUCUGUCACCACCCAAAUAAACUCGCAUUUCUAUUGUUUCAUUUCUUUCUCAAAAAACUUCUAUUCAAACAUAGACAUAGUAUAUACAAGUAGUUAUAGACGCGCCACCGAGCAUAGGAUUUUUUCUCUUUCACUCUUAUAAAUUUCGGUAUUUCGCCAUCGCCUCCUACCUAUGAUGCCACCCGGUCGGUGAUAAGGACAAAGCAUUGCACUAUUUUCUCUCCUCUUAUACGAAUCGCAAUAAGACUAUCUUUCUCUAUCAAAGAAUGUCAGGCCAAUGUAUUCAAAUCAUUUUCUUUUUUCUUACUGUCAAAAUAGCCAAAUAAAUUUUUAGAUAGGAAUUGUGUCAAUAAAUAAAUGCUGUCUACGUUUUUCUAAUAAUUUUCCGGUGCUUUAUUUCGUAUAUAUCGUGAAAUAAUUACAUGCAACAUCCCAUCCCUAUUGAUUAUGCGACAAGGUUUAAAUUGAAAAUAGGAAAAUUUUCACAGUCUUUGUGUGUGUUUUGUGUGACCGUUUGUUACCGUGCAAUACUUAUAACUGUGUAAUUAAAUUUUGUUAUAUCUUUGAAAUCAACAUGCAUCUGCAAGUAUUUUAUUGCUGUCUCCCGAGACAUCUAUCUCUUCGCCCGUACAGUUAUAUCUAACCGCAGAAGGCUCAGGCUUUAUCAAAUACUUAAAUGAUAACGUUUCCUCGAAGUACAUACAUAUAAAUAAAUAGUUUCGCGAUAAAUUUGUACAUAACAUUUUUAAACGAAUGGUACAGACGUGCCGUUCACACAUAGAAACGCAAGUGAUUUUUGAUGUAUAGUAUGUCCUCCUUGUGGCGGAAAAGAGAGUUCUCGACCCUAUCCCCCUAAAGCCCAAGGUCCUACCUAUAGUACAUCUUAAGUUCGAUGAAAUUUAAACCAUAUUCAAAUGGAACAAAGUUGCAUUUCUUUUGUUUGGGUAAAUUUUCAAACAAACAAAAAUUAACUCUAUUCCCUGCACUAUAGUUUCAAAUUUCAGUGGCAAAUGUUGGGUGUUUCAUUUGUAUGGCUGGGCCUUAGGAGGCUGUGACUAUGACGGUCCCUGCAAUACACAUACAUACCUAUAAUCACGCCUAUUUCCCGGAGGGGUAGGCAGAGACCACGGAUUUCCACUUGCUACGAUCCUGACAUCUUUCGCUUCCUUCACUUUCAUAACAUUCCUUAUACACGCUCGCCGGUUUAGGGUGCUCUUGACCUAGCCUUUCUUCAGGAUUUCCCCGAUCUGAUCAGAGAAAGUCCGCCGAGGUCUGCCCCUUCCAACACAUUUUAUAUUUCCCUGCAAUAGAUUUUAUAUUUCGGUCUUCUCCGUAAAUGUUAAUGCCAAGUUUCAUGGUAAUUUUCAAGCAAGUCGUUUUACAUUUAAAAUGAGACCGUAAAUUCAAUUGUAUGAGAGCGGCGGAUUCGUGGGAAGUGACGAAUGGUUGGCAACCUAUUAACCUUAAUGUUUCUUUGUUAAUAAUUAUUUAACUAUCAAAAGUUAUGUACAUUUUAUCGCGUAUUAACCUUUUGGACGCCAAUGACGGAUAUAACGGCACCGCAGGUCCAACGCCAAAGACGGAUUAAUCGGUCACAGACCACUGAGCAACAUAGACGUACUUGCAUGUGCAUAAAGUUCAAUUUCAGUUUUGACACUUCGGUGACGUGGCGUCCGAAUGACAGCUUUUGUGAUUGUGUCUGACACGGCGUCGAAAAGGUUAAAGUAAUACUAUAAAACUAUAGGUGAUAAAUAGGGAUGAAAAUUCCGGAAAAAUAAUCAAAUGUUUUUUCGGGAAUUUUACAAUAUUUCGUUUAUUUCGGGUUCUUUUCCAGUUCUAUUCAGAAAAUAUAAAUACGUCACACACAACGCCACUGAUGAGUGAUGACAGUGUCAAUGCCAUAAACAAACACAUUAGACAUGCAACCUUAACCUACUUGUUUACAUUCCUAAUUAAGUAUAUUGAAAAAUACAUUGUUUUUUUUAUUUCGAAAGAAACUUGAAAAAAGAGAUCCGUUUUGAAAUUUUCCCGAUUUUUUCAACGCUAGUGAUAAACAUAUAAAUGCAACUUGAAUAAACUCAAAGCUGUGUCACAGAAAAUUCAGGAUGGCCCAAAAAUACUUGUUGAUAAAAGUAUCAACAAUGAGGGCUAACGCGUAUGAAUUCGCCGCUAGGGGCGCUAGUGUAGAUGGUGGUCUUUUCCAUAGUUCGAAAUGUCAAAUGUCACUUGUCACUUCAAUGACUGACAGCUGUUCUAUAGUCUUUUGGACCACCAUCAACAGAGGCGCCGGACUUCCGGUUCGAGCGCCAUCUUGAUAGUUAGCAUCGUGAUUAAUUACUUUGUUUUUUGCUCAUUAAUAUUGUUUAAAGUGUAAUAUCGAUAGCUUAUUAUACAGUAAACUAAUGUGGUAGUGUGCAGUGAAUGGAAAAUUAAUUUUGAAGCGCGUUUAACCACCAUCUUGGAGUCAACGGCCGGUAGUCCACGUGCUUCUUGUAAAGUCUAGCUAUCGAUUUACAAGAGCUAACAAAUCACCGUACACUGUCUUGUACAACCGUACAAUUUUUGUCGUUUUUAAACCUCUUAAUACCUUGAUACUGGCGAAAUAGUCCCACUGGGCUGAAGCCAUAAUUUUAAAAGAAGAACAGAGGCGCCAACUGGUGAGAAAAAAACGAUAGCCCUCAUUAGUCUCAAAACUAAAGGAGAAUAUUAAGACAAUACGUUUUGCUUUAGUUAAACGAUUGUAUAUUUAAUUUUUAAUGAAAUUUUGUGAAAGAUGUGCAAGUAAGAAUAAUAUUCGGAAAAAAAAUCGUCAACAUAUUUUUGGGACCAGCUGUGCUGUACAACAGUAGAUUGAUUUUCAGACGUUAUUAUGUACAGGAUGACAUGUAAAGUACCGGUCAAUAAAAUACCGGCUAAGAUGACAGAUUAAGUAAUGAAUAAGGCACUAACGGUUUUUGAAGUAUUUUAUUUUCUUUAACAACUGCAACCAGUUAUUGUUAAAAACAAAAGUGUAUUCGGAUAUUAUUAUUGCACGGUAUUAUAAGAAUUGAUCAGAAAUUUAUAUUCGUGAGGGUAGUCUACGGUUACUUAGUAAUAGCAAAUCAAUAAUUAGAUAAGACUAUGCAAUAAUUAUAUAAGUCGCAAUAUUUAAGAAACAUAAUCAUGAUUCAUGACCAUUUCAUUUAUACCCUAAAAGUGAUAUUUCUGUGUAACUAUUUAGAUUAACAUCGACGCAACGUCUUAUAAUUUCUGAUCAUAUUAAUCAACAAAACUAAUUACUAAUUUUAAAUUAUUAUUUUUUGCAUUCCUGGGUCAAAAUUCUUUUCGUUGUUUUAUUUCUGACCACUCAGUCACGCUUCUAUUUUUACACGACUGCCCAAAAAAAGGUGUUGGUUUCAGGGUUCAUGUUUGUAUGUGAGUUUCUUUAUUCCACCAUAACCUCUAAAUGCCUUGACCGAUUUAGAUGUAUGAUAUAUCAUUAGAAUCCUUACGUCAUCCCGGGUGACAUAGGCUAUAUGACGUCAUAAUAAAAUCAACAUGGCGGACGUAACACAAUAACGCGCGACAUUUGGAAAAAAAACUUGCAAUUUUAUCGAGUGGGGUAUCAAAAUGAAGAGAUUUGAGACGAUUAAAAUUCCGCAGUCGUGUUUUUUAAUUUUUUAAUUAAUUUAUUAACCGGAUUAUUGUCUUUUAUCAAAGAAAUAAAAAUAGUUGAGUGCUAUUGCAUGUCUUUCUAGCUGUAGAUUAUAAUUUUCUAGAGAUAAAACUAAAUUUCACUCCAUGCAAAAAGCUCCAGUCCGUCAAAUUUUUUGGGGACAAAUAACAAAACGAAAAUAAUUUUGACCCUCUAAAUUUGUCCAUGAGUAUAUUUUUAUUGUCAUCCGUCACCCUGUAUAUAAUUUGUGUAAUAACGAUAUAAUUACUUUAGUCAUGACGUCCGUUUUAGAUACACACUUGCGACAGCCUUAAAUCCAUUUUGUUAUAACGAUAUCAAUAACAAUUAAUUACGGCAAUCAUUUUAUCGGCAAUAGGAUAAAUGAUGCGGUUUUUUUCCGAAUUAUCUCAGAACUCGUUUAAGAUACAAUAAUAAAAUAUAAAUCUUAUGAUAAUGGGGUUCUAAUCUAAGCGUUGUAUCGUGUGGAUAGGUGUGUGUGUGAGUGGAGAUAUUGUGCGAGUUUUGUUCACUUUAGGGUUGAAUUUUAUUUUUGUUUAGAUUUAUUAUGUCGUCUGAAUUGAGUGGAGUUAUCUAUUCUGACCAAUAAGAGCGCAUUUUUUUUACUAUGCCCUAUAAUUCCUUACACUGAGUUACAAAAUUUGUAAUCUUCGUAACUCAAUAGAAAAUUUGAACAAUAAUUUUUAUGAAAUGGGAAUGCCUAAAUGGGCCAAAAUUUUAUUUUGGCAGAUUUUGAUAAAAAAUGCUAGGUUUGAAAAGCUCCUUGUUCUGGUCGGAAUAAACACGAAAUCCAAAUUUGGGACAAAAGAAAUACGAAAAUUCCCAUUUACGGAAAAUUCCAUACGUUUUCCGUAACUCAGCGGAAGAUUUUGUAGGACAUACAGUGAAAUUGCGCUUAUGUUGUACAGAAUAAGGAACUAUCUAUCCACCGAAUUUUAUCAGAAUUUAAUAUAAAAAAUUACUCAAUAAUAUUGGGCUCUAGCCGCGCGCGUCAGUUAACGUUAAUGCACAAUGUUAAUUAUUUCAAUUUUGUUGCCUUAAAAUAGCUAAAAAAAACUAAAGAAUGCGUCGUCAUGUCUCGGCAAUAAAAAGUUAAUAUUAACAUGUUAUUCAAACAUAUUUUAUAUCGUAAAAGUGACUUAAAGUUUAUAAAAUAUAAAAUGACGCGCAAUAUUAACUAGCAGACUAAGUAAUUAAGUAAUUAACUUUGUAAAAUGAGUAGGGUAGGGUAGGAAACAGUGGCUCGAAAAAAAAAGCCGGGUACAGUGGCUCACUCAACCUAAUUCUAACAUCAUAGAGGCGAUAUUGGGGCGAUUGAGCCACUGUUCGAGCUUUCCUAUCCUACCCUAGUAUAAUAAAUUAAAUGAGAUCGUAUGGAAAUGAUUUUGAGAAGUUAUUGGGACGAUAAAUGAUUUCGCGGAUGAGAUUGGCACUAAUUUGCUUUGUUAUAUCAUUCUGUAUCGCUCACUAUGCAAUUUAAUCACACAAGGACAACGUGGAAAAGAGCGUCUAUAAGGGAAGACUGUAUACAAGCUCUUUCGUCGCUUUUAAUUGCAUAGGGACAGACAGACAGCAGGAAGCUUACUUUGCUUUAUACUAUGUAGUGAUUAGGUAAUUAAAAUAAGAGAAAGCCUAUUUCUAUAGGCUUACAUGAUUAUCAGGUUAUCACAUUGAUGCGGAUCCGCAUGUCGUUUCGGUGUGUGAGCGAGACAGUGUUAUGCACGUUUUAAGGAAUAUAUAGCAGUUUCACUCGCACACCGGAGAGGGGCGCGGAAGUGAUUUUAAUGCAUAUUGGGUUAAAUGAAUGUCACUUUAUUAUUUUAAUGUUAUUUAUAUUUCUUUAAAUGAUGUAGAUAUUUUUUUAGCUUGUAGCCAACUGUUUACGGUUCCGAUAUAAUAAUUAUUUUUGUGUAAAAUUGUAAUUAUGUUAUUGUAGUAAAUUAAAGGCGUGGUUGGUU